CGCUCUCUGUAAUGGCUGCGAUCUGAUGUGGACUGGGAACGUCGUCCCCUCGUUGAGCCGGAAAGAACGUACAGUUGUUGGAGACGGAUAGACUGUUGAUAACAUGGAGGAUGUCCAAAUGGGGAAGCUCUGUGAAUCUCUAGAAAACGAAGUGAAGUGAAGUUAUCCCUGUGCUGUAAGAAUUGUGAGAACGGAAAAUGGCAGUAAAGGAAAAGUUGGAAGCAGUUUUAAAUGUGGGUCUGCGAGUGCCAAGCAUCAUGUUACUGGAUGUUUUGUAUCGGUGGGAUGUUAGCUCCUUCUUCCAGCAGAUCCAGAGAAGCAGCCUCAAUAACAACCCCCUGUUCCAAUACAAGUAUUUGGCCCUUAAUAUGCACUAUGUGGGUUAUAUAUUAAGUGUCGUUCUCCUAACUUUGCCCAGGCAGCAUCUGGUUCAGCUUUACUUGUACUUUCUCACAGCUUUGCUUCUGUAUGCCGGACACCAGAUUUCCAGAGAUUACGUGAGGAGUGAACUAGAGUCUGGAUACGAUGGACCCCUCUACUUGGAACCUCUUUCAAUGAAUCGUUUUACUACAGCACUAAUUGGUCAAUUGGUAGUCUGCACCCUUUGCUCUUGUGUCAUGCAGACCAAGCAGAUUUGGCUGUUCUCUGCCCAUCUCCUCCCCCUUGUGGCACGUCUUUGCCUGGUCCCUCUAGAAACCAUUGUUUUCAUCAACCGUUUUGCGAUGAUCUUUACUGGCCUUGAAGUACUCUACUUCCUUGCUUCCAAUCUGCUUGUGCCCUAUAAUCUUGCUAAAACUGCUUAUAGAGAGUUGGUCCAGGUAGUAGAAGUCUAUGGUCUGCUGGCACUAGGCAUGUCUCUCUGGAAUCAGCUAGUAGUUCCUGUCUUAUUUAUGGUGUUCUGGUUAGUCCUGUUUGCACUGCAGAUUUACUCUUACUUCAGCACUCGAGACCAGCCCACUUCCCGUGAGAGGCUACUCUUCCUUUUCCUUACAAGCAUUGCAGAGUGUUGCAGCACCCCAUAUUCUCUUCUGGGGCUAGUGUUUACAGUGUCCUUUGUGGCCCUUGGAGUCCUGACCCUUUGCAAGUUUUACCUUCAAGGCUAUCGAGCCUUCAUGAAUGACAACGCAAUGCACCGAGGUAUGACUGAAGGCAUCACACUCCUGGUUUUGGCUGUUCAGACAGGUCUGAUUGAGCUGCAGGUUAUCCACCGCGCCUUCCUCCUCAGUAUCAUUCUCUUCAUUGUUGUGGCAUCAAUUUUACAAUCUAUGCUGGAGAUUGCAGACCCAAUUGUUCUUGCCCUAGGAGCAUCUCGAGACAAGAGUUGGUGGAAACAUUUUCGGGCUGUGAGCCUCUGCCUUUUCCUGCUGGUGUUCCCAUCCUACAUGGCCUAUAUGAUUUGCCAGUUUUUUCACAUGGAUUUCUGGCUCCUCAUCAUAAUCUCCAGCAGCAUUCUCACAUCACUACAGGUGCUUGGUACUCUUUUUAUCUAUGUGCUGUUUAUGGUGGAGGAGUUCCGCAAAGAGCCAGUGGAGAACAUGGAUGAUGUUAUCUACUAUGUCAACGGUACCUAUCGACUUCUGGAGUUUCUGGUGGCAUUAUGUGUGGUUGCUUAUGGUGUGUCAGAGACUAUCUUUGGUGAAUGGACUGUAAUGGGCUCGACAAUCAUCUUCAUCCACUCUUACUACAACGUGUGGCUACGGGCUCAGCUAGGCUGGAAGAGCUUCCUGUUGCGACGCGAUGCUGUUAAUAAAAUCAAAUCGCUGCCAACAGCCACCAGCGCUCAACUGGAGAAACACAAUGACAUCUGUGCCAUUUGCUACCAGGACAUGCAGAAUGCGGUCAUCACCCCUUGCAGUCACUUCUUUCAUGCUGGAUGUCUUAAGAAAUGGCUGUAUGUCCAGGAGACUUGCCCUUUUUGUCAUGGGCAACUGAAAAGCCAGUCUACCCCAUCCCCUGCCCCCUCACCUCCACCAGAACCUGUGGUACAUCAGCCAGCGAAUGAGGAGGUGGAGAACCCAGGUCCACCCUGUGCCACCGAGGCUCCUGCAGAGGAGCCUGUACCCCCGGAGGACAUGGAUGUGACUUGUCAGGACACCUGCACACCAGAGGCUGGAUCUCUUUCGUCUGCAUGUCCCUCAGACAGCCGGCUUGUCCCGGAAUGUAAGAACGGAGACAGCAGGCAUGAGGACUGUCCUGAGCAGCUUGACAAUGUGCCAGUCACGUCAGCGGAGGAGACGGGCAAAGGGCUUGACGCUCAUUGAACUGCACUUGCUUCGGUACUCCCUCUGUGUAAAUAACACUUUUCUGGAGAGCCUGUGGUUUUUCUUCCAAUGAGCGCCAUGACUUUUAGGAGCAAGAAACUUUUGUGUUGCUCACGGCUUUAAGCACGCUUAGGGUUAGCACGCUGCCACUGUCUUGUAGGAGCUCUCCGCUUUUUUU